AUGAUUGGGAAGCUUUUUGAAGCAGAUAAAGUGUGAACAGAUGUUUGACGAGAAAUUAGUGAUAAAGAGCCAACUGGUCAAGAAGACUCUGAUUCUGUCAUUGACAAUUUGACUAUAUUGAAGUCCAUUGUGGUGACUUCUAUUCCUCCGAUUGCUGGCCUUUUGUUUGAACUUUUGGUUCAAGUUGUCAACUUGAUAUUCGUGGGUAAUCUGAACAAUCCUGCAGCCCUUGGUGGUGUGGGGCUUGCCAACAUGCUUCUCAAUGUUGUUUGCUUCUCGAUUGGAAUGGGACUCAAUGGAGCAAUCGAUACAUUGGUUUCACAAGCUUAUGGAAACCACAAAUAUUAUUUAUGAGGAUGUUACCUCAACAGAGGACGAAUUAUUCAGGCAAUGUUCUUCAUUCCUGAAGUGAUAAUUUUGUUGUUCACAAAAGAAAUUUUAAUUCUGCUAGCCCAAGAAGAGGAUGCUGCAGAUUAUGGUAGAACUUAUGUCCUCAUCCUGCUUCUCGGAAUUUUCACAAUGACUCAGUUCGAAACAGUCAGAAGAUAUCUCCAAGGCAUGGAAAUCUUCUCCCUCAUCAUGUGAAUCCAGUGUGUUACGAUGGUUAUCCACAUUACUAUGUGAUAUAUUUUGGUGUUCACAUAUGAGCUCGGAGUUGAAGGGACUUCAAUAGCCACCUGUAUUACAUAUUGGCUGAAUCUACUGAUCAUAACUGGGUGUAUUACAUUUAGAGAAGGAGUAGUGCCUGAAGGAUCCUGGCUCUUUUUCAACAAUGAAUGCAUUAAAGGAUUAUGGGAAUUCCUAAAAGUAUGGAAUCAUAGCAACCUGAAUGCUCUGACUUGAAGGGUGGUCUUUUGAAUUCAAUUUAAAGUGGGUUUCCUUGAAGUCAAUGAGCUAGCUGUUAAUGUCGUCUUGUUCAAUACUCUUGCUGUGCUAUUUGUUAUCCCGAAUGGAAUAAGCUUUACUAUCUCAGCAUUAGUCGGGAAUAGUAUGGGAAAAGGAAAUCCACCCAAAGAAAAAUGACAUUACUUAACAGCUAUACAUCUUGCCUUAGUGAUUUUUUUGAGAGAAGAUAUUGCAUUUAUUUAUACUCAAGAACCCAAUGUUGUAAAGUUGGUGGUGAGCAAUCUCCCAUACUUUUCUCUCAUGAUGUUUUUCGAUGACCUACAAGCAGUAACUUCUGGAACUGUCAGAGCAAUUGGCUACCAAGACUAUGGAAGUUGGCUUGCUCUUGUAGGAUUUUGGGUAUUCUCAGCUCCUCUAGCUUACAUAUUCUCGCAUGUGGUGGGCUUGAGACUGGUAGGAAUUUGGCUUGGAGUCCCUGUUGGAACACUAUUCUUUACAAUCUCAUACAACCUCACCUGUACCUUUGUACACCAAAAGACCUAUCAGACUCCAUCCAACUCCGACUCCCCAACGAACAAUCAGAUCCCCAAAUCCCCCCUACUACCACACAAUCCCCCAUCACCUAAUCUUUCAUAAACCCUCACAGAUUUCCACCCCUCCCUUCCUAUCCUCUUCCUCUAAACCUCCACCCUCUCUUCCCACUCAGCCACCCACUAUCUCUCUGCUAAACAACUUGUGAAUUCCUGUAUCUCUUUGUAGAAGGAAGGCUGCCUUGGAAGGAUUUGUGGUAGUAAUUUUAGAGAGAGUUUUGGGGGAAUGGGGUGGUGAGGUGGAAGUAAGUGAAGUUGACGGUUUUAGGGUUGUAGGAGUAGAGUUUUUUAGACUAAAAAUGGAGUUUUUAAGUCUUUUAGAUUUCAAAGUUGUAUUGAGGUCUUUUUUAGCCACUUUGGCUUUUGGAAAGGCAAUCCAUUAGCACUUCAGUAGGAAUCCUGUUUCUUUGAAAUUAACUGAAUGGUUGAGUUAUAGAAGUAUACCAGAUAGUUACUGCAAGCCUAUCCAGUGUUUUUGAGAUUAACCUCAAAUGCUUUGUCAACAGUUUUUAUCUCAUAGGAUUCAUUAGUCUUGACACCUAUGAGAGCAUUUGAUUUACAAGCUCCUCUAAACUGGCAGUUUUCAGCACUGAAUAUACAUAUUUC